AUGUUAUAUGUUACGCCCCAGGCGCACGAGGCUGCAAUCGCCAGUUUUAUGAACCGUAACAUCUUGGUUAACAUGACGCUUCUAUACUGGGCCGUUGAAAAGGACAAGAUCGACCUGCUGAAGAUACUGUUGCAGACUAACAAGGUGGACGUGGAUAUUUGUGAUCUUUACGGGCGCACGGCAUUUUUACGCGCGGCAAGGUUAGGCCGCGCGGAAGCGGUCAAGUUGCUGCUCUGGACCCGAAAAGUGGAUAUCAAUAGUAAAGACAACUCUGGUCUGACACCAUUGGCAUUGGCAGCCGAGCAUGGACAUGCGGCGUUGGUGCGGUUCCUGCUAGACACCGGCAAAGUUGACAUCGAGUCCCUCAGCCAACUCGGACAGACGCCGCUAUCGUUGGCGGCAGAAGGUGGGCAUGAGGCAAUGGUGAAGCUUCUGGUACAGACGGAGAAGGUGGACAUCGAGUCCAGAGACUCAAAAGCGUGGACACCUACAUGCUGGGCACUUUCAAAUGGUCACAGAGCUGUGGUCGAGCUACUUUUUUCUUCCUGGAUAGCAGAUGCCAUGUCGAAGGGCCGAAGUCUGGACGUGAAAAGACUCGGGCUGCAUGGGAAAGCCCGCUACUCAAGAAAGAAUUCUCUCCACUGGGCACUUCCGGAAGACGACGCGGUCAAGGUCGCGAAAUUUCUCGCGUCGAGAGACGAGGUAUGUCUCCAAGUUACCAGUCACAGUCAUCCAAGUGCAGAAAGCGAGGCGACAACACCCUGGACCUUUGUGGAAUUGAUGGAAUCACUCGUUGCUGCAAGCAAGCGCAACUUGAACACAACAGAAGAAGGAGAAUCUUCCUGUGUACUGCGAAAGGCUAGGUGACGUGAUGCGAUGGCUGAUUCUUGACAAAGUGUAGCGCAUUACCCACACGUCCCAUGGCGACAUGCAUGCUCUCAAAGUAGAUGAGAUAUCAACAGGAACGAUUACCUCAUUUCAAAGGAAUCCAACGCACGCACCCAUCGACUUGAGUCUUUUCAGUUGGCAAUACUGCUCAGUGUUCGCUGCUCGCCAUUG